AUGUGGUUCUCCAUAAUUCUUUCAGUGCUCGUUCACUGUGGCGUAUGCUUCUGUUGCUUCGACAAUCUCUUGGGUCUAUUGAACCUGCACACUGCCGGCCAAUUCAAAAUUCUGCAACACCAGUUGGGAACCAUCCUCGAUAGAGUCGAACGGGCCGGUACCGUAAGAUCUUUCGACGAGAAACAGAGGCAGGGAGUAUACGAAAAGAUCAAAGAAUGCGUCGUAGUGCAUCACGAGCUGAUCUGGUACAGUGAGAAAAUGGAACAAAUUUUCAUGUACACGACCCUUUGUCAGCUGUUAGUGUCCGGCGUCAUGCUUUGCGUCGCGGGCUUUCAGGUGUUUUUGGCCCGCGGUACUCUCGUCAGACGACUGAUAUUCAUCGCCCAUACAAACGGCUGCUUUUACCAACUGUUUGUGGUCACGCUGACAGCGAAUGAUUUGAUGGACGAGAGCCGCGCGGUCGGAGACGCGGCUUACAACGCCAAUUGGCAGGUUUUAUCCCACGAGGAGGACAGGAAAAUCAGGAGAGCCAUCCUGAUGAUCAUGAUGCGAUCGGCACGUGCUUGCUCCAUAUCCGCUGGCGGUUUCUUCCCAGUGUCUCUCGAGACGUUUAUGGCGGUGUUGAGCACCGCGGCAUCCUACUUCACCUUGCUUCGUUUCGGCAUGACGCGAAGUAAGGAGUACCGAUCGGUGAAUAUUACGCGGCUCUUCAUGAAAGUAGUUGGACUCUGGUAUGUCGAGACACCGCGGGAACGGCUGCUCCUGCGCGGCGCGUUUGGCUAUGCCGUUUGGGCGAUCGUCUUCGCCAUUCUCGUCGAGGGCGUUGAUCUGUAUCACUGCAUAGGCGACUUUUACGCUGUUACGUCCAACUUGUGUGCAACGUUGCUGCUAAUAAUGAUACUGGUGAAGCUAGGUAGCUUCAUGUUCUACCGUGACAUGAUAAUGGACUUGAUUCAUUUCGCUGAAGAAAAUUUCUGGAAUGUCACUUACGACGAGGCUGGCGCUAAAAUCCUGGAAGAAUACGAUAAACUAGGGAUGACUAUGGUCUACACUUUUAUAUUCGUUGUUUACGUCGCGACUUUCAAUUAUAUCUUUGCACCUUUCUUCGAACCUCAAGAGAAGAACGAAACAGAGAAGAUUCUACCCUUUAAACUGUGGAUCGAUUUUCCAUAUCAUUCGCCAUACUAUGAAGUCACUUACACUAUACAGUCGCUUUCGACAAUACAUUCGGGUAUCUGCACUUUCUGCUUCGACAAUUUUGUGAGCACGUUCAACAUCCACGCGGCCGCGCAGCUAAAAAUCUUGGCUCAUAAAGUGGAAGUCGUCGUCGAGGAUUGCAUCAAGGAUACGAUGGAUCAGAAAAGUCCGUUGGAAACGGAUGCUACGGUUUUGACGUCCAAGAAAUUGCAGGACUGUGUGCAGCGGCACAUCACGCUCAUAUGUUACGUGCGUAACAUGCGACGCGUGUUCUCUAUUAUAUUACUCGGACAGUUGCUGCUUUCCAGCGUGGUCAUCUGCUUCGGUGGAUUUCAGUUUCUCGCGACAGAUGUGGCUAUCAGAAAGUGUAUUUUUGCCUUCCAUUUCGUGGGCGGCCUUAUCCAGCUGCUUAUUUAUACGUGGACGUGUAAUGAUAUAAUUGUGCAAAGUACGGCCAUCUCCGAUGCCGCUUACAACUCCAAGUGGUAUCUUUUACCCGACAACGGUCCAGGAAGGACAGUGAGGAAAGGGUUAAUUAUGAUAAUGAUGAGAGCACGUCGACCGUGCAUAUUAACCGCCGGGCAAUUCGCGGUUAUGUCGUUGGACACUUUCAUGGGAAUAUUAAGUACAGCGAUGUCGUACUUUACGUUAUUAACACAAAUGAGUGAAAAGAAUAUAUAGUAAUAAAGUAUAUGCAGCAGUUCUAAAGAAGAGAUUCCUAAUAUUAAAGUCGGACAAAUUCAGGUAUAUACGGUAUACCAAUAAUUAGUUUCAAAUUCAGGAAGACCUUUUGCAUCGAUGGAAUAUCUUUUCUCUGUCGGUAAGUAUUCAAUCAUAUUAAAGUCAGAUUAU